AUGGAGUCUCCAUCAGAUGAGAAGAAGGAAGCAACAACACAGCAGAAAACAGUUGCUUAUUAUUCUUAUACUAGUUCAUCCUAUUCUCUUCAACAAGCUAUAAGUGCCAUUCUCAAAUGUUUAGGGUUUGAAGAGCACCCUUCAACAAGACCUCAUGAGGACUCUCCUUCAAGUUCUUCAGAUGAUCCAACACCCACUCCACCACCUUCAACAACCUUAACAGACCCACCACCCCCACCAGCAGCAAAUGAUGAUCCUCCUCCAUCAGCCUCUGAACGAGUACUAGCCGCGCGCCCUCCACCGCCACCAGUUAAUUCAGGAACUGGUCCUGGGACUAAUUAA